GGUAGUAGCGUCUGGCAACCGAUGGAUCCAGCUAGUCUCUCACUAGUUUUACGGAGGGAGGGUAGACUAAGAACCUGAAAACUUUUGAGUAUGGAAAAGAAAAAGAAGCGAGUGAAACGCAUUUAUAUAAAGCACUGAGGGAAGUGGUAACGGCUAGCUGCGUGACAACCCAGCCUUACUAACACCAACGUGAGGGCGGCGACUCCUGCCAUACACCACUCCAACUCUACUGAAAGAAUAAUACAUAAUAAUACAACAUGAAUAGUAAUGCAGCGUACCAGCCAGCCCCCGGGAGCACGUACACGGUGCGGCCAACCAACAACUAUGUCAGGCAGGGCCUCAAGAUAGGAAGCCUCGUCGUCGGGUUUCCUCUCAUAAUAUGUCUGGGAAUCUUCGGGGGCUUCUUCCUCCUUUCGGGCAUCAUGGUCAUGUCCGUCACCACCGACUUCAGUGAUUUUAAGUCAUCUUCGCUGUUUGAUGACGACGAUGAUGAUGAUUUUGGUCUACCUUCAGAGCCUGGUUAUGGAAUAGGAAUCUUUAUGAUGAUUAUUGGAAUUUUGCUGAUUGUCGCCUGCGUGUCCGCGUGUUAUUACACCCGCAAGAACUACAAUGCCUUCAAUAAUCAUGGCAACCCAGGUCGUGUCAUCAACCAAAAUCCCGCCCAACCGGUUACAACUUAUCCCGGCCAACCAGUUACAACCUAUCCCGGCCAACCAGUUACAACCUAUCCCGGCCAACCAGCUACAACCUAUCCCGGCCAACCAGUUACAAUGUAUCCCGGCCAACCAGCUGCAACCUAUCCCGGCCAAUCAGUUGCAACCUACCCUGCCCAACCUGCCGGAGCCCCCUAUAUGACUCAGCCAAUGGCCUAUCCUACCCCACAACAGCCAGGCCAGAUGAUAGUGAACUACCAGAUGAUACCUCCUGGACAGACACCUCCUCAAGGACCACCAUCAGGCACCAGCUAUCCCUCAGCAUCAGCACCUAUGACGGGUCCUUCGGGGGUACAGGCAGCACCACCACCUUAUGGAGCACCUUCUUCAGUAGACUAUGCUGGACCUCUACCCGAGAAAGGAAACCUUCAACACGGGGGAGCUCUGCCCGGUGCUCCAGAAUAUCAAUCUCCCCCACCUUAUGCCCCUGACUCAAAUCCUCCCCCAUAUUCUCCCUAGAGCUCUGAGAGAAAGUUGAUAUGAGAGAGAGAGAGAAAAAAAAGAAAGGGAGAGAAAAAAAGAGGCAGAUAAUCUCAACAUUAUGUCAGUCAGUGUCGGUUUGAGUCAGUCAGUGUCAGUUUCUGUUAGCUAGUGUCAGUCAGUAUCAGUUUGUGUGAGUCAGUGUUGGUCUGCUGUCAGAAAAGACUUUUAUAUAUGCAACAAGAGAACAGUGGUGUGUUGACUGGUGUCUGUGGGUGUUAGUGUGAGAGAAUGAGAUAGAGAAAUACAGAAAGACUGAGAGAUACUCUUUAUAUUAUGUGUUGAAAUGUGUGUGAGAGAAUGAGAUAGAGAGAUGGAUACAGAAAGACUGAGAGAUACUCUAUAUGUUAUGUGAAGAAAUGUGCUGAACUGUUCAUAGAAUUUAGUUCAUGAAAUAACCAUGACGGUUAACUAUUAAAAUAAGAGGAUUAUUUUUCCAUUUAACAGAGAGAGAGCGAGAGAGAGACUGACACACACACACAGUAGAGACUUCGCCAGAUACUGUAGGAGGCCCAGCAGUACCUUAAGUCAUGACACACUUUCAGAUAUACAAUAUGUGUAAAGUAAACGGUGAGACAUAAAUGUUUUUAGAUAAGGAAUUAAUUAACAUCUACCUCAUUUAGGAUUGUUCAAUAGGCCUAUGUUACCUUCAGUUAUUAUCUAUUAUAUCUGUUAUAGGCCUAUUAUAUCAUAUAUUAUAGGCUUGUUAUACUAUCUAUUAUAGGCCUAGUAUACCAUCAGUUAUACACUCGUGUCUUCCUAUAGGUAAAGGUCAUCAUUGUUCCAGGUAUUGUUCAUAAUGUUUGUUUUUGCCUUAAAGUGUUCUGUUGUAAGACUAUUGUGUUGAGACAGUCUACUGCUGUAAUAAUAUUAGAAAUAAAUAUGAAAUUAAAUUAGGAAUCAGAGUAGCGUACUUCUGUGUGUGUGUAUCUGUCUAUGUGUAUACAUAUGUUUAGUUGUAUAUGUACAUGUGUGUGUGUGUGUGUGUGUGUGUGUCCAUUAGGAUAUUCAUUUCCUUAUGGUGCAUGCAUAAAACACACACACACUUUCUUUCUCUCUCCCUCUAAAGUUGUUGACAUAGAGUUAAAUUUCGAUGGAGUCUAUUUUUUCAGAUAAACAUUUUCUGAAACUACCUAACACGCCCUAACACGCCCCCUAACACUCUUUGACACGCCCUAACACGCCCCCUAACACUCUCUGACACGCCCUAACACGCCACCUAACAUUCUAACACGUCCUAAAACACCCCCUAACACUCUCUGACACGCCCUAACACGCCACUUAACACUCUCUGACACGCCCUAAUACGCCCCCAACACUCUGACACGCCUUAACACGCCCCUAACACUCUCCCUAACACUCCCUGACACGCCCUAACACGCCACCUAACACUCUCUGACACGCCCUAACACGCCACUUAACACACUCUGACACGCCCUAACACGCCCCCCUAACACUCUCUGACGCGCCUUAACACGCCACCUAACACUCUCUGACGCACCCUAACACGCCCCCUAACACUCUGACACUCUAACACGCCACCUAACACUUCUGACGCGCCCUAACACGCUCCCUAACACUCCAUGACACGCCCUAACACGCCCCCUAACACUCUCUGGACACGCCCUAACACGCCCCCAACACACUCUGACACGCCCUAACACGCCCCCUAACACACUCUGACACGCCCUAACACGCCCCCAACACUCUCUGACGCGCCCUAACACGCCCCCUAACACACUCUGACACGCCCUAACACGCCCCCUAACACUCUCUGACACGCCCUAACACGUCCCCUAAUACGUCUGACACGCCCUAACACGCCUCCUAACACUCUAACACGCCCUAACAAUCCCCAACUCGACCUGACACGCUCCGGCAUCCUCUGACACAUACUUUGCUUACUUUAAUUUUGUGUCAGGAAAAAAAUGUGAAAGAGAGAGAGAGAGAGAGAGAGACAGACAGACAGACAGACAGACAGACAGACAGACAUAAACUGUUCAGUAAAGAAAUGAAUAUAUUUUCAUAAUAUAACUUAUGCCAAGUGAGGGCACAUGUCCUGGUGCCAACAAUGUCCUCUUGUUCCAAACAUUACAUUGAAGACAUGGUGGGCACAUGUCAUACCACUUGUCAGGUUAGAACGUUACAUGACACUCCUUGGUGCUCUUGUCAUUGGCGAUAAGUUUCUGUCAUUGGCGAUAAGUUUGUCAUUGCUGAUAAGUUUCUCUCAUUGGCGAUAAGGUUAUGUCACUGGUGAUAAGUUUCUGUCAUUGACGAUAAGUUUCUGUCAUUGACGAUAAGUUUCUGUCAUUGAAUAUAAGGUUAUGUCAUUGGCGAUUAGUGUCUGCCAUUGGCCAUGAGUCUGUAAUUGGCGAUAAGUUUGUCAUUGGCGAAUAAAUGUUUUUCAUUGUG